AUUGCCAGCGCCUGUACUUUAUUGAUUACAAUCUCCUUCCUUCUCUUUCCCUCACCACCGUCUUCUACCUGAUACAGGUGCCUUGCUUCUAUCCUCUGUCCCGACGGGAUCCCAUGAGCUUGAAAGCAGGCUCAAAGCAAGUUCAGAUUCGCAGGAUAUGCCUACACUAUGCUCGGUCCCCGUCGAGCUCCUAUGUCAUAUUCUGGGCUUUCUGGACGUUGGCGACCUGCUGAAAUGUCUCCUGAUAAACACCCAUAUUCAUCGAAUAAUAAUGCAGUCAUCUCGACUUCAGUUCACUGUCGAGCUUGCUAAAUAUCGCAUGGAAUCCAAUAUUGAGGACUCCACUUUGUACCCUUUCGUUAAGCGCCUGAAUAGCCUUCGCGACCGGGAACAAUCGUGGCGAAGUAUCACCUGGAAGCGCCACUACCGGCUUGGCCUGCCCUCUGUAGCGUCUAUCUAUGAGUUCGUUGGAGGGAUUUACGGGAACGGAAGAGAGCACGGGAAACGCGAGCCUAUCCCGGCUAUCUCCUUCUUUGAACUGCCUUUCUCCGGGUGUGACCCAGGAGAAGAUUACAGAAUGUGGACUCAUGCAUUCGAAAACAUCCGUAUCCUGGACUUCACAAUUGAUCCCUCACAGGAUCUCUUAGUAUUAGUCACUCGAGCGCCUGCCGAAUCCAAGUUCGUCUUCGAGGUUCAUCUUCGUACACUUUCAGAAAAUGAUCCCUACCCGAAAGCUGCCGCAUCCAUUCUCCCUUGCUUCCCCAAGGAUCUGGUCUCAAUGCCACUUUCAAAUUCCAUAGGUGCCAUCCGUGUUCAGAUAUCCGGCGAUCUGAUCGGCUUUUUGAUGAAAGAAAUGGAUACUAUUGAAGUCUGGCAUCCCGCCUCAGGAUUUUGCUCAUCGUUUGUAUUACCGUCGGGGAUAGAUGACUUCACAUUUCUUUCUCAGACCUCGUUUCUGAUCGUACGCCCGCUUGGCUACUUGGAAGUCUACCAGUUCCACACCCCGACGGGCUCUUCCCCUCCACCGGUUCUGCUAGGGUCGUUUUCGUUUCCGGAGUUGUCUGAAGGAUUCUCCUUCUGGCAUUGCUCGUUGAGUGGAAACCCAUCCCCAGGAUACAUCCCCCGCAGCCAGCCCGGCGUCAAUAGCAACGUCAUCAACAGCGUCUAUCAUCCAUCACUAGCAGACCGUAUCCUGGCCUGCUGCAUCUACAUCCUUGAACCAUCUCCUGAUCCUGCCCGCCAUCGCGUACAUUCUUUUGUAUUCUUCUUCCACGUCAACCUUUUCCUUGAAAAGAACCCACAUUCAAUUCUGGACCUGUGCAAGAAAACACAGCCCCCUGAAAUGUCAGGUCGGACUACGGACACUUUUUUCUUCUCGUCAUACUCGACUAAGUCUCUGGAUGCAUCGCGACCUCACAACCCCACGCCCACUAAUAUGACUUCUGUUGAAUGGGAUGCAUGGGGCCCAGCCAACACACGAUGGUUCCGGGAAUGUUUAACCACCGACUGGCAGCAUGCACUUCACGGAAUGCGCACUGCAGAAAGUAUUUCGAUAAAAGUCUAUGACGGGAUGUCGAAGGCUACCAUGGAAACACUAGAAGAAAUGACCGAGGACCCGGACGACAAUGGUGUCUGUACUGUGGAGGAGGAUGUGUUGGAUGAUUCCGAAGUGGCCGAGGUGAAUUAUCAUGAGGAUCCGAUUGAUGCAAAGCGUUAUGGCGCUGACAUCGAGGUCCCCAGUGGCCCUGGGGAUAGUAUCGUGCCGAUGCACAGGUUCCUGCGGAUACGAGAUUUUAACCCUUUUGUGGUGCAGAAAGGGAAGCUUCUCUGGGAGGAGUCUGAGAAUCCGCACUGGCGUCGGAGGCGGGUGAUCACACAACCGACUACCACACAGGUGGAGGGGGCCUUCAAAAAGAACAUAGAAAGCUCAUUACCUUACACUGAGGUGAUAAGCAGGCAAGCUUUUGAUAUGACAGACGUCAUGAUGGAUGACUGUCGAAUCCUAUUACUGAAAGUGCGGCUUCAUUUGUUCGUUGGUACCUACGUGGCGCUGAUCGUCAUCUUGUAUUACUCAGAGGACAUUGCACGGAAAGCUUUUAGGCAUAGACGUUUUGACGAUGUAAUCGACUUUUAUCUCCUUGUUACAUGGGCUUCUCCUCCAAACUUUGUGUGUUAUUCCAUAUAUUCAUCGGAGUCACUGAACUUUAUUUUAUCUCUGUUACAGUUACGAGGUACGCUCGGCGCUAAUCUGCAUGGAAAUUCCGAUAUCGAGACAGAGUUGAUCCGAUAUCGCCUUUGGUUAAUCACCGUUGAAUACGACGGCGUUCCACAGCUGCG